CGGGGCAGCCGCCCCCCUGAAGAUGCGGGAUGGCAGGAGCGCCGCCCGCCAGCAGCCGCUCGUACCGCACCACGGGCUCCACCUGUCUGCACCCCCUCAGCGAGCUCCUGGGCAUCCCGCUGGACCAGGUGAAUUUUGUGGCUUGCCAGCUCUUUGCCUUGCUGGCUGCCUUCUGGUUUCGCCUUUACUUAAAUCCUGGUAAAAGCAGUCCUGAGGUCCGACACACGUUCGCCACUGUAUUUGGCAUCUAUUUUGUCAUCUUCUGUUUUGGCUGGUACUCCGUACACCUGUUCGUGCUGGUGUUACUGUGCUAUGGCGUGUUGGUUACUGCCAGCGUGUCCAAUAUCCACAGAUACUCCUUUUUCGUAGCAAUGGGAUACCUGACCUUAUGCCACAUCAGCCGCAUAUACAUUUUCCACUACGGAAUUCUCACAACGGAUUUCUCAGGCCCCCUGAUGAUUGUCACCCAGAAGAUCACGACCUUGGCAUUUCAAGUUCACGAUGGUUUAGGCCGAAGAGCCGAAGAGCUGUCUGCCGAGCAGCAGCGCCUGGCCAUAACAGUCAAGCCGUCUUUUUUGGAAUACUUGAGCUACCUUCUCAACUUUAUGAGUGUCAUUGCUGGCCCUUGCAACAAUUUCAAAGACUAUGUCGCCUUCAUUGAGGGGAGGCACACACACAUGAAGUUGCUGGAGGUGAACUGGAAGCAGAAGGAUUUCCACAACCUACCAGAACCUUCUCCCACUGGAGCCGUGCUGCAAAAACUCUGCCUGACGCUGGUGUCUCUUGUCCUGUUCCUGACGCUCACCAAGACCUUUCCUGUCACCUGCCUGAUUGACCUGCAGUUUUCCCAGAAAUCCAACUUUCUGACCCGGCUCUGCUACUUAUACGCCGUCAUGCAAGCCUCAAAGCCCAAGUAUUACUUUGCCUGGACGUUAGCUGAUGCGGUGAAUAAUGCAGCUGGCUUUGGGUUCAGCGGUGUGGAUAAGAAUGGAAAUUUCUGUUGGGAUCUGCUCUCUAACCUAAACAUCUGGAAAAUUGAGACUGCCACGAGUUUCAAAAUGUACUUAGAGAACUGGAAUAUUCAGACGGCAACUUGGCUGAAGCGAGUGUGCUAUGAGCGGGUUCCAUGGUACCCCACGGUGCUAACCUUCAUCCUGUCUGCCUUGUGGCAUGGGGUCUACCCCGGAUACUAUUUUACCUUCUUAACUGGAACCCUUGUCACGCUAGCAGCCAGAACGGUGAGAAACAACUACAGGCAUUACUUCCUUUCUUCCAAAGCCCUGAAGCUCGUGUAUGAUGUGGUCACCUGGGCGGUCACUCAGCUGGCUGUCUCCUACACAGUUGCACCCUUCGUCAUGCUGGCCGUGGAGCCAACCAUUAGUUUAUACAUGUCUGUGUACUUUUAUUUACACAUCCUCAGCCUCCUGGUAAUACUACUUCUGCCAAUCAAGCCGCAGGCUCACGCUCCAAAGCAGACUGAGAACUCUGUUAAAAGAAAAACAGAUUGACACCUCCGUGCAGAGGCAAACGCGGAAUACUACAAAUCGUCGGAAAGAGGCACCCGCGGGCCCAGCGUUUUCCGAUGACUCCGAGGCAAUGUUUACAUGCAACGUUGUUUGUUUUUCAUGCGCAGGGAGUAUUUUUAUAAAGUCUUUUGUACCAUGACCCGGGGCACGUGCAGGUCAUAAUUUCUCGGACUUCCGGGUGGUGAGCUAGUGUCAGGAGACCGGACUGGAGGUGUGGAGAGGUCACUCUGGGCUGUGGGGUGCUUGCUCUGAGGGGCAGGAUGUCCGGCCUCGAAAUUGAGGUAGCUGUUGCUGAAGUCGGAAGGACAGACUGGGAUGACCAGUUUUCCAGAACAUUCCCUGUGAGGGUUAUUCCCCCCAUGACUCCUGACCUUGCUGUUUCAAGCACAGUAAUGCCCACACUCAGGAGACAGGAAGAGAGGGACCCUCGAGGGAGACUGUCAAGGUACCAACACUGACGAGCCAAGAGCACUUGAAUGGACUGAGAGCCAGACUCACCCUACAGGAGGCUGUGCACCCCCCUGCCCCCCAAGAUAUAACCCUCUUUCCUUCUGAACUGAGCCAAGAAUGGAAACCCUAAAGUCUCAUACUCGGGUACCAGGAGUCUACACGGGCUACUGUUUGCCCAAAUAGUCUCCUUAACCUUCCCUGACCUUCGUCCUGAGCAAACGCCCAAAUAAUCGACUCCCCACCCCCCCACAAAGGCAAAAACUUGUCUUUUAAAGAAAUAAGAGAGAAAAAAAAAGUAAAGCAAUAGUGAAUCUGAUAAGCAGCAGUGGAUACUGUUCUCUGUUUUUAACAACCACGGUCUUGCUGUACCCACUGCGGUUCCCCACGUUGGCUGACUCCAACUUGGCUUUGGUCGGAUCAGCCUAUAGGGAAGCAGAUACGGAAAGGGGGGGGGGUGUCCACUCGCUGUUGUGAAUGAGAGGCGGCUUCUCUGGGGUAAUAUUCCACGUAGGAAAAGGGGACAUAGGCUUAGAGGUGUGGACAAUACUGAUGGCAGUAAGAUUAUUUGCUCCUGUGGCAUGCUUGCUCGACAUCACGUUCUGGGGAGGAGAGGAUUAAGUGAGAUGGCAAAGAAUGAGUUUCCCGUUGGAUGCUUCCUGUGUUUCUAGAGCAAGUUCUGGACAGAGAACGGCCUUGGUUUGUGUCAGCAGGACUUGGUGUUUGGAAGCGUGUAGCUGACAGUGCGUGGCAUCAGCGUCUGGUCUAACUCAUGAGUUACAUAGAUGAUGAUCGCAGUUGGUCAGCUUUGGUCCAUUUCUGGUCAUCCCUCGAGCAGCUCUGCGGGUAGGAGAUGACGGAGCAGAAUGAGGACGUGCCUGUAAGGCCCAGAGUGAUGUUGGAAGUGUCUUGAGGAAACGCCUUUCCCGGGUCUAUCCAGGAGGUACCCUGCAGUGCCCGACAGGACAAGGAGAGCUGAGGGGCUGUGCUGUUCUUUCAACGAGUUGAUACGGUCCCGGUGCUGGAGCCAAAACUUGAACCUGAGCCCUAGUCUUCAGGUCUGACAAAGGAGAAAAAGCAGCAUCUUUGGGCCAGUAUAUGAGACUCCCCCAGUUUAACCAGGAGGACUUGGGGCCAUUAUACUUUGCUGUCCUGUGAGAAAUAAUAACGGGAAGGGGAGUAGGCACCUGAAAAUCCACCGGGAGCUGUCUUCCAAAGGGCUAUUUUGAGAUACACAACCAAAGACAGAUGCGCCCGCACCACUGGUCUCUCGGCGGGUGAGAUGAAUCUGUGGCAACGUGUGUCCUGAUCCACAUUCCAGGGAAGUGUGGCAGCUCUCAGCGUCGGGCCUGGGGUCACUAGACUGAAGUCUCUCCAUUUCCAAGAGCCAAAUGUUGGUAGAUGGUAAUUUAGCUGGUGACCACUGAGUCCUGAACAAGUCAUGUCCGUGAUGCGCCCCCUAGUGGUCACCUAGAAUCAUGGGCUGCAAUAGAAGCUUCCAGAAUCCAGGCCUAGAAGUUAGACUCAGUGCUGGACUCCUGUGAAACUUUAUUCAGGACCAAAAGACAGUAUAGACGUGCCAUGGAAUUACCCUUACCCCCUGGGACCCGUUUUGUCACAGGGAAAAAAAAAAUCAAUCUAGGAGCAAAUUUAGUUUGUUGGGACGACUUGUACUGUCGCAGCAUUCCAGCGUUUCCAAAGUACGAUGUGUAUGUAGUGAGCGUGUGUUGGACUGCUGAUCUUUUGGUUAAAAUAAAUACUUUCUGGUCUUGUUCUUGAAGAAGCCAAAUCUGAAACAAUUGACCCUUGAACCUUGUAGGUUU